GUCUUCUCCUGCUGUAAAACCUCGGGGGAAGAGAGAUCGGAGCGGUUUCUGGUCCGACACCAUACGACUAAACGAAGGAGGAGGAAAAAAAAAUGGGGAAGCAUCCGAGUUCAGCUUCUUCACGUUCCGGUGAGGACCUCCACGCGGCCGCGAGAUCCGGCGACCUGAGAGCCGUUCUGUCGAUACUUGCCGCGAACCCUCUGGCUGUCAAUUCCAGAGAUAAGCACUCCAGAACUCCACUCCAUUUAGCAGCAUGGUCUGGUCAGGCACAAGUGGUCACUUAUCUCUGCCAGAACAAGGCUGAUGUCGGGGCUGCUGCCAUGGACGAUAUGGGGGCUAUUCACUUUGCUGCCCAAAAGGGGCAUUUGGAAGUCGUACGCACGCUUCUUUCAUCUGGGGUCUCUGUUAAAGCUGCUAAUCGCAAGGGCUUCACUCCACUACACUAUGCAGUUCAAGGGUCCCAUUUGGAGCUCGUGAAGUACUUGGUAAAGAAAGGUGCUAGCCUGAGUACCAAGACCAAAGCUGGGAAAACCCCUGUUGAUCUUGCAAGCAGCGAAGAAAUUCGCUCUUUUUUGGUAGAAUCUGAAGAAUCAUCUAAAAAAGGCGAACAUCCUGAUCCUGGGAAGCAAGCUGAAGCCUCCAGUACAAACUUAUCUUCUCAUGAGAAAUCAGAAAAUAGUCACGAAAUGUCCAGGAAUUCUGAAGAGGAGGAUGAAAAUGCAAAGAGAAAGGGUAAUGACGAGGAAAUCAGGGAAGCCUCUCAACCUAAAAAGGCAAAGGUCGCACUUAAUCAUCUUACAAGCGCAGAUGAUGCGCAAGAUGAUGAAGAGAACUUUUGAGGCUGUCGUGCAAAGUUUUGAUCAAUUUGCUUUGUAUAUUUGGUAACUGACAAAAUUGCACUAACUUAGGAGGGCUCGUUCUUGGAGGUUAAUGUUAUUGUUAUGUUUCACUGAUUAAGGAAUAGAGGUUCACUAAGUUUACUCUCGUCAA